AUGUUGGCACAGCGUUCCAGGAAAUUGGACGCCAGUCAGGGGACGAGCAACACGUUGCGCACUUCUAAGCAGACUCUGAGCAGUGUUUGUUCUCGGGACUUUUAUAAAUCUUUUCUUUGCUGCAGGGGAUCCUUAACUCAUGCUUGCCAAGUUGUGGGAGGAAUACAUCGAGCCCGGACUACGGUUUACUAACUGCUCUACAAGAGGACGGCGAGAUCUGGGCCAACAUCUGGGCUCAACGCUGUCAGCCAUUUGAUGUUUUUUUUGAUACUGGACAGAAUGUCAAGCUAUUUCAAUGUGUGGGUGUCCUUUGGCAUUCUGUACCCCCUUCUGCUGGCUGUAGGGGCAGUGGAAUGCUCGGAGAAGGAAACGUUGCUCGAACCAAGGUCGGAGGUGUCGGAUGUGAACCUGACUAACUGUUUGUUGGAGUGCACUGGGAUGACCUACGUCAAGAAAUUGCAACUUCAGGACAAUCAUAAUAUAAAGCUUCAAGACUCCACGGAAGGAGGCUUUGGGGAACACUGUUGGUCCACGGAGCUCAAGUGCACCAUUGGAGAGAGGUUUGAGGUGGCCUACGUGGUGUUGCCCGUGGACGUGUCCGCAGUCGGACCCGAGCAGCUAGAAGUCAGAGCCACCGUCCCCACUGCCGCCACACUGCUCGCGCACGACAACCCCACCACAAUUGCGGACAACUGUGGCCUCAGAUACGACGUCACGGCGCACUUCAGCGCAGGGCGGGCCGGGACGUCGUUCUGCGUGCAGGUUGUCGCCCGGGAGGACGUUCCGGGGGAGAGAGCUCUUAGAUGUCCUCCCUUUCUUGUCACCUUGUGGCAGAGAGAACCAGAUCAGCACAACCAAGAAGACCAGUAGAGUCUCAGCGACGGGAGAAAUACUCAGACCUUUCACUGGAGUGGAAGUGAACCGUUGUGAACAAGUAAAAGUCCUCCAAAUGUUACAUAACUAAAAUGAAUCAAAGGCAGGAUGGGUAAUCUUAAGAAACUUUCAAGCCUAUUCUUUAUUUAAAAAAUGAAUGUGGCUCGUAGCGUGUACCCAAAGCUGCUAAAUUUAGUGAAGGUCGUCCAAAACCCCUCACCCUAAAUUAACCUUACGAAUGUAAACAACAAACAUGACCAGCGCUAGUCUUCAAGCCCGUCAACAUAGCAGCUCGUGCAGGACGAGUAAUGAGUCACGUGUUCUAAAUAUGUUCAGGCAGGCAGACAGGCAACAGGGUUAUUAUUACUCCACAGUACCUUACGGUAAAAGUUCUCAAUGCUUCCUACAGUCCCGGUUAUAUUGUUAUAUAUGAUAUACUUUUAUUUUAUAAUGAAUACUGUAUUAAUGUGUAAGCAGCGUAUUGCUGCUGAAUUUGUUUGAUUUUAAACUAUUUUAUUGGUUGACACUAUUUCUUUUCAUUAUGGAUUAUUUUCAGUUAACAGAUGGAUUGUUAAAAAAUAUUAACUUAAAUUCCUCAGAGCCCAAAGCGACACCUUCAAUUGUGAAAACUUUCAAAAGAUUUUACAAAAAAUAUAUGCAGAUUAUUCAAUUUAUUUUUAUUAAAAAAGUAUUAAACACUAUCAUGAAAAUGCUUUUCUAGUCUGGAACAAACCAGGAAGGUCUGGAACAGGUCUGGGAGAUCUGCAUCAUAUUGUAUAACCUCCAGAUGUUUUUUAUUGAAAUAUCUUAGUUUAUAAGGUGAUAGGUAACUAUAAAUGUCAAAUGAUUGUAGUUGAGUAAUAAGCACACUAUUUUAGUGUAAGUAAGUGUAAGUUAAGUGAAAGUACCUCAAAUAUAUGGCUAUGUACAGUUGUGACAGUAAAUGUAUUUAGUAUACAUUCCGUUAAAAGCUAAUCAACCCUGAACAUCAGCGGUUUGCUUGUUUAACAUAAUAAGUUGUUACCAUUUUUUAGAACCUUGCUUUUUAUUUUUUUACCUCUACUAAUCUUGCACUUGUCUUCUGGAGUUAAAGUUCUUCUGCGUGAUAGAUUCCAAUUCAAAGAAGACAUUUUCAUUAACUUCAUUCCAUAUUUGCAAUCGUCAUUUGAUUACAUUGGAUCUGUGUUGACAUUGAUUCUCUAUGAAUAUUGAUACUUCUCUUUAUGGAUUAAUGUACCAAGUAAAGUGCUUGCAGAAAAUUGUGAAAAUAUUACUGUAUGUGUUUCCUUUCUUUGCAGACUGAGUUAUCUCCUGGUUUCGUGUUAGAUUUUUUAGAACCAGCAUAAAAGAUCUGGUUUUAGUUGUGAAGGUAUAUGAUGACUUAACGAGUCACUUAACGAUUAAGAAUUAAGCUUUGUUAAGCGUUAAGAGGCAUUUAGUGAAAUACAGAUUUACCUUUUUUGGCCAAGCAUGUGUGCACAAAUAAGGAAUUUAACUUAAGUAUUUGGUUUUUUAGCUCUCUCAAUCAGAGCAGAAAUAGAAAGAACAGCUUUAGUGUGGAAAGGGGGGAAAAAAGCUGGUUAUAUGAGGGUUAAGAAUAGUUAGGACUGUCUAUUCACACACACACAGCUAAGAAAAAAUAGAUUUAAUAUAGAAAAAAUACAGACUAGAUGAUUGUGUACAGUGUGUACCUGAAAAUAUGCCUAUAUACUGCACAUUGUGUAGGAUUUAUAUUGAGAGCCACAGAUGUUAUGAUAUGUAAAUACUCAAAACAAAUUGUGCAUUAUCAACUGUAAAAUUACAAUAUACAACGUCAGUACUGGAUGUUCCAUUGUUAGAUGAUUAUUGAUGGUGUAUGACUGAUGUGUUUAUCAGAGUAAUGGCAAAAAGAUGCACGACAUCAUCAGUGCACUGCUGGUUUCAAAGACGAUGAAAAGCUCUCUGUUAAAUGAAGGAUGUCGAUGUGAGAUGUGAAAGGCUGCAUGUGUUGAUGGCAUCAUUAAAAACAAUUAUCGUUU